CCAGCAGCGUUGCUCUCGCUGCCUCUCCGCUCGCCCCUCAUCGCUCCUGGGCAUUCCGUCGGCCUUGGACUCUACUCCCCUCCUCGGAAUAUCCCUUGCUCGCGCCCUUGCAGCAUGUCCCCAAAUCCAUCGCCCAAGGUGCCAACUGCCCCGCCCCUGUCAGAGUCGGCGCUGGCGGCCAUCGAGGCAGUCAAGGCCAACCCAAACACCAGUCCGGUCUACUUUCUCGGCUCCGCCGUCUCCAUCUUUGCGCCGACGUCGCUGCCCACCUGGCUGACGUUCAUCAAGCAGGUCGUCCAGUCCCUGGCCGAGGCCACAAACUCCGAAGACUCCGACCCCGGCAACAGCGGCAACAACGGCAACUCCCGGGCCCAGGCCUCGCAGUCCCGCGCCAAGCAGCGACAGCAGCGCAAGGUCGCCGAGCUGGUCACCCGCCUUCACGGCUGCUUGAACGAGUCGGUGUUGCCGCCGUACAAAGCUACCGAGGUCAUGGCGCGGCGCCUGGGCUCGCACUAUCUGUCGGUCGUCGAGGUCUUUCAAGACGCCCCGCCCAACCCCGUGCACACCUGGAUUGCGUCAGAGCUGUUCGAGGGCGCUGUUCCGGCGGUUGUGACCACCAACUUUGACGACGCCGUUGAAUCUGCCUACCGGGCCUUGGGCGGCGAUGUCUACACCCUCACGGGCGAUCUUGCCCAUGACAAGCGGGCCCUCGAGCGCCUCCGCAAGAGCUUUGGCCAUCGGCGGGUGCUCCUGGUCGUCGCGAACCCCGACAGCUUCCAGCUGUUCAUGCGAUACUUUACGGUGUCGCUCGGGUCCGACUCGAUGUCGUUCCUGUUCAAGAUCCACGGCGACUGCUACGCGCCGCAGACCUGUAUUGACACCGAAUCGCAGCGCAUCCAAGGCCUGUCCUCGUACGUCACCAGUGUCUUGUCGCUGCUCCUGCGCAAGUUCACCAUGACCUUCCUCGGCUUCAGCGGCGCCGAUCUUGCCGAGUACCCAGACUAUAUCCGCAUGAUUUCCGAGGCUGAUGUCGCCGACGUCCUCUGGGUCAUUCGCGAGGAUGUCGAGCCGCCCUUCUUCGAGGCCUUCCGCAAGAAGCUUGGAGAUCACUUCCAGGUUCGCCAGGGCCAGAUCAACGGCAAGUUUGCCCCAAACGAGACCAUCACGGGCAAGCUUGCUGCCUGGGCAGCCGAAAAGAUUGGUCCGUUGCGGAGUCGCUUGGUACUCUUUGAUCUCGCCAAGCUCGCGGGCCUGGCACCCCAUCUCUAUGCCUGCCUCACUCCGUCGAGCAUCCUGGCAGCUGCAAACCCUGCAGUCGGCGGGCUCACAAAGUCCAACAGCGCUCUGGCCUUUCUCGAGAACAUCUCCUCCUUUUCGUUCUAUACCGAGGCCAAGCUCGACAAGGAAUUUGACCAAGUCAAGGUUUCCGAGUCCAUCAUCGAGGGCAAUCUCGUGGACGAGCACAUCCAGCGGUUCUUGCGCAACCAAACCGAGCUCAUCAAGCUCGCGCAGCUCACGAUCGAACAGCUGGAGCAGGGCGAUGUAACCAAGGCCCUCCAGAUGAUCCUCAGGGCCAUCCAGCUGCGCCAGGAAAACUUUCCGGAUUCGCGCUAUUUUAUCGACUCGUGCUUUCUGUUGAUCAUUUACGGCGUGGUCCUUGAGUCGGUUGGAGAAAGCAACCUGGCCAUGAUUGUGUUCGAGGAUGCACAGAACGUCGCCUAUUUGUGCGGAAACGUCCACGGCAUGAAGCUGUCCGAGGAAAUCCUCCAGUCUCGCAAAGACAAGCUCAAGAGCGCCGCGAUCCAUUCCGAAGCUGCGGAUCUCGCCCAUCCGUCCAAGACCGGCGCCGAGCACGGCGAACUGCUGCCCAGCACCGCCGGGCUGGCGGACGAGACGCUCCUGUUCCUGCCGGCCUUUGACAACGUUGCGGCGCUGUCGUCGGGUGUGCCCAUGCGCCUGCUUCUGCGUGCCCAUCUGCACCGAGCCCUGAUCACGGGCGACCGUGUGGCGAUUGCCGGCAACUUCCUGCUCAACUCGCGCGUGUUUGUCCUCGAGGUCCUCGUGAAUGACUCGGGCGAGGAGCUCAACCACGAGUACCUGCACUACAUCCGCCCAAUGCUGCCGCGUUCCCAGAGCGUCAAGAUCGACGGUGCGAACAAGCUGAUCGAUAUUCAAGGGUCCUCGACGCCGCUGCUGACCUACCGCCGCGACUGUCAGGUCAACAAUCCGGGCUAUCUGAGCGAGAUCAUCCCCGAGUGGGCGAUCGAGCGCAUCGACGAGUACUACCAAGCGCAUCCCGAGCUGAUCUUUUGGUACGACUUCAAAGACAUCUCGGGGACAUACGCCAGCCGAAUGCAGGACCUGAUCAACAACGGCGUCACGGAGGCCCGAGCGACCCUGGAGCGCCACGGCGUCCACCCAGAGGACAGGCCGCUCUCGCCCGACCCCGGCAGUGGCAGACUGUCGCCGCAUGCCGACACGCCGGUCGAAUCGUCGCACGGCCACGGCACAGCCUCGCGGAGCGGACGGGACGUUGAGAUCGAGACUGCCGCGGUCCAGUACGACAUCUUUGCAUCGAUGAAGACCUUUGUGGGCCUGUGUCUGUCGCAGGGAUACCUGACGCGCUCGCAAAUCUACGACUUUGGCAACCUGUUUAUCGACCCGCUCUCGAACGAGGGCUUCAAGACCAAGUAUGCCGCACUGUUGGCCAAAUGCAGCGACUCGGAGCGCGAGAAUCUGCUGCGGGUGCGAACCAAGUUUAUCGAGCGGCGAUGGGUUUAUGCCGACACCAUGAAGCGCAUUGCCGAUGCGCCGUACGUGCUCAACCUGCCGAUCACAUUUGCAUGCACGCUCUGCGUCGACCAAGAGGACCUGUCGCUGAUCGAGACUCUGAAAGCAUCCCUCAACAACAGCACCGACACCACGUUCCAGUUCCUCGACCAUCUCUCGGUUGGUCCGAUCCGCGUCUUUGAGCUCGGGCGACUGAGCGUGGCCGACAUUCUGCAGGUGCGGUCGACCCGCCAGGCCAAAGAGUUCCGCCGGCAUCUGGGCGGCCUGCGGCGCGGAACACAGAUGGACUAUACAACCCUGCACGAGGCCGCCAGAGGGCUCUACGAGUCCAUUCAAUCCAAGAUCGAGCGCGUCGACGCUCGUCCGCUCUUCAGCCUCGACUGGGUCAACUUUGAGAAAAAGUUGGAGCCGGACCUGAGCCUUGUCCGCAAGAUUGUCUUUGUCAUCAACCAGUCGGUUCCGGUCCUGCCGCUCUACGACAUCCCCAACCUGGACUUUCCCUCGCUCAUCCCGAUGAUGCGCAUCGACAACCCAAUGCUCUCGGUGGCCGGAGUGGCGCAGCCAGUCGAGUGCGUUGAGCAACAGGUCCUGUUCGACAACCAAGGCAGCGGCGGUGUGGCGCUCCGUCUUGAUCGGAUCCGCAACAUCCACGAACACAACGACGAGUUCGUCGUGCCGGUCGUGGCGCACGCUCCCGAGCGAGUGCAGGCCGUCAUCGUCGCCGUCCGAGGCGACGGGCUGAUUGGGCUUGUUCGCAAGUACCAUUAUGCCGUCCAGGGCUGGUCGCUCGAGUGCCCGCGCGGCGAGAUCGAUGUCUCGGGUGACGUCGAGACACAGAUCUCCCAAGAGCUUGCUCGCAGCGCCUCGCUCGGUGCUGAGCGCCAACAACUCGUACGCCUGUCCAAGGAGAGCGCCGAUUUGUGGACCAACAACCAGGUGUCGGACGCCAAGACGCUGUUCUACGCUGCCCUCGACGUGUGCGCGAUCGAGCGUCCCGAAACAGACGACCAGGCUGGAGCAGCGACGGCCACUGCGGCCACCGCGGCCGCAAAGCAGGACAACGGCGUCCUCUGGCUGCCCUACGGAGAAAUCGGGUAUCUGAUCCGAGAGGGCGAGAUCCGUGACCAGGCCACGGUGGCGGCGCUCACGAUGGCUUCGUUGGACACCGAGGUGCUGGCUCGUAUUUCCGACCCUUGAACAGACCGCGCUUGGACAAGACCGCCCUUGGUUCUCCUCCUCCUUUCCGUCGCUCGAUACAAUGGCGAGCGACAAACCAUGAUCGAAUCACGAAUACACUCUCGUGCAACGAGCCAUAUUUCUGGAU